UCGGUGCACUGUAUCACGGUUGAUAGUAACUUGGUUAGGUUGAAACAAACGUUCUUAGCCAAGCUCUUGGCCAGCGCAGCCCGGACUCGUGGUAGUUUAAGAAACGAGACGAGUCGAAGAUAGAGAAAUCUGCGGCGCAAGUGUGCCUUAUAAAAUCCGUUGUAACGUAACACAAAGGUGUGCCAUAAAGUAAUCGUCAUUGACCCGUUAACUGUUCACCAGUUGAACUAGGUACGCGUCGUCAUCGCCAUCAGGUCUGGUACCUUUAAAAUAUAAAGAUCUCUUCCUGGUGGUUGCAAAUUGUUUCGAGAGGUUUGUCAGAAACAUUUAUUGGAAUGUUGUUUGUCUGUGUUCGGCUAAGGUGAUGAAUCAGAUUGAAUAAGGUCGAACAAAAAAGGUUAGAAAUAUGGAUAUUAUAUAAAAAUUAAGAAAAUAGAUUGAGGAAAGAAGAAUGACAAAAAAAAGAGCUUAAGGAUUUUUUAGUAUCAAGUGACUAGUGAAAAAGAGUGUGCGGGUGAGAGAAAGAAAGAGCCAACAGCGAUAUGUGAGUGUAUUGGAGGGGAAGAGGACGUGAAGUGAGACAACUACGACAACGACAACGCGACUUGAGCGUGUAAGAAGGAGAAGGAACAAAAAAGAGAGUGCGUGGCCCUGUGUGUCUUGUGCGCGUGUAUUAGAGUGGUGCACACGGUCUCGAGGAACCACAGAGUAUGAGAUUCUCUGGAGCUCGAUGACCGACCUCGAAAAGCUGCAUCCAGACCGAUUUCAUAGUCGACUUUUCUAUGAGAAAAAAAUAUCAAGAUUCGAGCAUCUUAGCCCGAUAAAAUAAAGAGCAACAUUUCUUAGAAGGUGGGUCGUGCUCAGGAUGCUGAGCAACCCGGCAAAAAUUACUAGCUCACGUGACGACGCAAAGAUCUACUGGCGGAGGUUAGUCACCAGCUGAGAAUGUCGGAGCAAAACGGGCCCACAGAGGGCCCGGGCUGGUGGCCAUCAGCGCAAUCAUGGAAGUUAUCUUCAAGUUCCUCAUCCACCACCACUAUUACUACCACUACUUCUACUACUACCACUACUACUACUACUACUAUCACUACUUCGACGACUUCUUCAACUAUCACCAAUAAUAAUAAUAAUAAUAAUAAUAACAAUAAUAAUAAUAAUAUUAAUAACAAUAAUACAUCGUCUUCACGCACUAUUGAAACAGGAAAAAAUGUGUCUGUAACAACAAUAAAUGUACCGCCAAUACAGGAAAUACAUGAUGGUAAAAGUGUAAAAUAUUUAACGGGACAAAAUGGCAUAACAGUAUCGGUGGUAUCAUCAUGUGGAAAUAGUCAAAGCCCAAUGACAGCUCCAGAUUAUAAUUCUAUAGAUAAUCUUGAAGAUAGUGAUGGAGAAAUUAGCAAAAUUGAUUUUAGAGGAGUUAAUUUAAGAACUAAAAAGAAACGUGAUGGUGAAGCAGAUUGUACAAUUGUUGAAGAUUCACAUCAUCAGCAACCAGAACGUCCAAUGUCUUGGGAGGGUGAACUUUCAGAUCAAGAAAUGUCUUCCAAUACAUUAACUAAUCAAGAUCAUGAAGAAACGUCAAUGGAAGGUGUACAAAUAUGUAGUACGAGUCCUGGUAUUCAAGAGCAAAAGUUUCCUAUUAAACCAGAACCAGAUUUUAGAUCGAGUCCAGGAUUAAACAUUGGAUCUCAUACCGACACCGUAAUGCCUCUUCAUUCCCAGCAGCUUCAUCAUCAACAACAACAUCAUCCUCAACAGCGUGAACUUGAACAGAAUCAACAAAGCGACCUUCCGCUUUUAGUGGGAAAAUUGCUUGGUGGAUAUAAUAGUUCUACUCCAAACCAUAGCCCCGUUCUUAAUCCUCGUCAUCACUUGACAAAACACAGUCAUACUAGAUCACAAGUUCCGUCCCCUGAUUCCGCAAUUCACUCGGCAUACAGUGUUUUUAGUUCACCGACUCAAAGUCCACAUGCGGCUCGACAUUCAGCUUUAGGUGCUGGUAGUCCAGUUCCUUCAUCUUCACUUUCGCUAUCUCGACAUAGCUUUAACAAUUCAACAUCAUCACUGUCUUUAUCACUGUCACACUCAUUGUCACGCAAUAACUCUGAUGCCUCGAGUAGUUGUUAUAGUUAUGGAUCUUUGAGUCCGCCUACUCAUUCACCCGUCCAACAGCCAAGGCACGCCCAUCAUCAACAUCAUCACCAAGUACCACAGAGUAGUCCUUUACACCUGCCAGUAACGUCAGCCACUAACGCCCACCACUACAAUGUUCCUGAGCUUAACUCUGAUCCGCAUUCAGAAGAUCAAGAAGACUGUAAGAUUCCAUCAACACCCUCAGGAAUAUCAACAAGACAGCAGCUUAUCAACAGUCCUUGUCCAAUAUGUGGUGAUAAAAUAAGUGGUUUUCACUAUGGAAUCUUUUCUUGUGAAUCUUGCAAAGGAUUUUUUAAACGUACUGUACAAAACAGAAAGAAUUAUGUGUGUUUAAGAGGCGCAGGAUGUCCUGUGACUGUGGCAACUCGGAAGAAGUGUCCUGCAUGUCGCUUUGAUAAAUGUCUAAACAUGGGAAUGAAGUUGGAAGCAAUAAGAGAAGAUCGAACAAGGGGGGGUAGAAGUACAUAUCAAUGUACAUACACAUUGCCGACAAAUCUUAUAGGAAGCCCAGCAGGUGUUAUGCCUGGAGAAAAAAUAACUGGAGGUACAUGCAGUCCGGCACCACCAGGUGCUGAACACCAUCAUUCUAACCGUCAUCAUUGGAAUCAUUCUCACAAAAUUCAAGUAGUACCACAAUUACUUCAAGAUAUAAUGGAUGUUGAGCAUCUUUGGCAUUAUAAUGACAAUGAUCGAGUAAGUCAAACCAGUGGAAAUGGAUCUAGUGUUGAUUCAUGUUUAAGUACUGGUGAAAGAAGUACUAAUGGAAACAUUGAAACAAGAAGAGAUUCUUCAAGACCUAAUUCUACCGGUUCAAUAUCUCAAACUAAUCAUGAUCAACAUUCAUCAUUAAGUACAGCACUUGUUAAUGAUUUAAGUGAAAAUCCCAAUGGAAAUUCAUCACAACAUCCCGAUUUCCUUUCAAAUUUGUGCAAUAUUGCUGAUCACAGACUGUAUAAAAUAGUAAAAUGGUGUAAGAGUCUUCCACUCUUUAAAAAUAUUUCAAUCGAUGAUCAAAUUUGUUUACUCAUCAACUCAUGGUGUGAAUUACUUCUUUUCUCUUGUUGUUUUCGUAGUAUGAGUACUCCUGGAGAAAUUAGAGUAUCUCUUGGUAAAUCCAUAACUCUAGAACAAGCUCGACAACUUGGAUUGGCAACAUGCAUUGAAAGAAUGCUUGCAUUUACAAAUAAUCUUCGACGACUUCGUGUAGAUCAGUAUGAAUAUGUUGCAAUGAAAGUAAUAGUAUUGUUGACAUCAGAUACCAGUGAAUUAAAAGAACCAGAAAAAGUUCGCGCUUCACAAGAAAAAGCACUUCAAGCAUUGCAGCAAUAUACGAUUGCAAGGUAUCCAGAGAUGCCUGCCAAAUUUGGUGAACUUUUACUACGAAUACCAGAUCUUCAGAGAACAUGUCAAGUAGGCAAAGAAUUGCUAAGUCAAAAACGUGCCGAAGGAGAGGGCAGCUCUUUUAAUCUCCUUAUGGAACUUUUACGCGGGGAUCAUUGAUUUAAUUUUAUUUAUUCUGUUUUAAUAAACAGUUAUGGUCAAAAAUGAUGCGAAUUAGCAUUAUAUUUUCAAAUUAACAUUUAUUAUUUUAUAAAAAAUACUAUUUCAUUAAUUUCCAUAAUAAGUAAAAAAUUUUCAUAAUUCAAUUAUUGAUUAAUUAUUAAAUAAAAAUUUUAAACUUGAAGUGCUCAAUUAAAUGUUCAUAAAUAUAUAAUACAUAUUAUCAUAAUGACAAUCGUUAAUGGUCCAUUGAUUGUAUUAUAACAAAUUUAUUUUAUUAUAUAACUUUGACCACAACUGUAUAUAAAAAAAUUAAAUAAUCUGUUGGUGUACAGAGUACAUCACUAGAAUUUUUAAUCGUUUAUUAGGUCCAUAAAGCUCCGGAAAUCAGGUUGUAAUAAUACUAGUACUAGAAAUUGAUGUCUAGAAAUAAAAAUGACUGUAACUCAUGCAUAGUCCAUAGUAGCAUAGCUCGGUGAGGGGACUACAUUUUUAUAAAACUAUUUUAAACUUAUAAAUGAUGAGUUUAUAUAAUAAUAUAUUAAAUAUAAUUAAGUAAAAACAAUACAUAAAUAUAUUUUAUAUAAAUAUGCUUCCAUUGAAAAUUAAUUGCAAAAAUUAAAAAUAAAAAAAUUAGGAAAGGGACUUGCAUUCCUGCCUUAAUAUACAGGACUUUUUUGCAAAGUUCCAACGUAAGUUCUGGUGCGAGUGAGACUGAAAAUUUAAGGCCCGUAAUUUUACAGAAAAAUGAACAUAUGCAUAAUUUUUUUUUUAUUAAUGAAAUAUUGUAAAGAAUAAUGAUAAGCGUACCAAGAGUGUAAGAAUAAAAAUUAGUUGUGUAAAAUUUAGCAGGUUUCAAAUAACUA